UGGCUAUAUUCUACCAUGAGCUCCAGAGCCCCCAUGUUUUCUUAAGGGAAAGUUUUAUUCCACCCACUAUGGUUCAGUCAGCUUCCUUAUUGAUGAAUGAAUCUAUUGGUGUCAACUAUUUCAACAUCAUGGAUAACCUCUUGUACGUUGUCCUACAAGGAGAAGAGCCCAUUGAAAUACGCUCAAGCGUUUCCAUUCAUUUAGCCCUCACUGUGACGUUUUCAGUCUUAGAAAAAGACUGGGAAAUAGUGACCCUUAAAAGAUUAACUGACUUCUUACAGAUUGACCAAAACCAAAUAAGGUUUAUUCAUAAGAUGCCUGGCAACGAAGGGACCUUAAAGGCCAUUGCUGACAGUAGAGCAAAACGAAAGCGCAAUUGCCCAACUGUGACUUGUACCAGUUACUAUAGAAAGGUUGGUCAACGUAGACCUCUCAUGAUGGAAAUGAACUCACACAGCGUUUCAUCACCAACAACUAUGGAAACUAUCUCAAAGGUGAUUGUCAUUGUAAUUGGUGAUUUGCCAACAGUAAGGAGCACUGGAAUAAUUCCAACUUUAUCAAGUAACAAGCUACAGAACUUGGCUCACCAAGUCAUCACUGCUCAACAGACUGGAGUACUAGAGAAUGUUCUGAAUAUGACUAUUGGGGCCUUACUGGUGACUCAGUCAAAGGGAGUCACUGGCUAUGGAAAUACAAGCAAUUUUAAAACUGGAAACUUAAUAUACAUUCGGCCCUAUGCUCUUUCCAUCCUAGUCCAGCCUUCAGAUGGAGAAGUGGGGAAAGAGCUUUCUGUGCAGCCACAGCUUGUUUUUGUGGACAAACAGAAUCGAAGAGUGGAGUCCUUGGGGUCCCCCUCAGAGCCUUGGACCAUUUCAGCUUCCCUGGAAGGGACAUCAGAUUCAGUGCUAAAAGGGUGUACCCAGGCAGAAACUCAAGAUGGUUAUGUUGUUUUCUCCAAUUUGGCAAUCUUGAUCUCUGGGUCAGACUGGCGCUUUAUUUUUACUGUCACUUCCCCUCCAGGAGCCAACUUUACGGCUCGAUCCAGGUCAUUUGCUGUCUUGCCCAUGAUUAGGAAGGAGAAGUCAACCCUCAUCCUGGCUGCUUCCCUGUGCUCUGUGGUCUCAUGGCUGGCUCUGAGCUGUCUGGUGUGCUGUUGGUUUAAGAAAAGCAAAAGUAGAAAAAUAAAAUCUGAAGAGACUUUGGAAUCACAGAUUAAUGUUCAAAAGACUCAUAUCCACAUCUCAUCUAAACGCCAAGGAUCAGAAGUAGGAACUGAAAAAGAAAAUACUGUGGUGGCAGAAGAGAUGAGGAUGAAGGUGACAAUGGGCAAACUGACCCAGCUGCCCCACCAGUCAGUGAAUGGGGUGUCCAGAAGGAAGGUCAACCGCCAUGCUGCCCGAGAGGAAGAGGCUUCUUUGCCUGCUUCCGGUGUCACCAGCAUCACAUCCCAUGGGCACACCUGUGCUCCAGGUGCUUCUGCUCAGCAGGAGCACCUUCAGGAGACUGGAAACUGGAAGGAGGCCGAAGAACAAUUGCUCAGAUACCAGCUGGCAGGCCAAGACCAGCUGCUACCGCUGUGCCCAGACCUCAGACAAGAGAGGCAGCAGGUGCCAGGGCAGAGUCAGCUGAGCAAAGGAAGUAGCAGCUUGGGACUCUCCCAAGAGAAGGCGGCUUCCUGUGGGGCCACUGAGGCAUUCUGCCUUCAUUCAGUAAGACCAGAAACUAUUCAGGAGCAGCUGUGA